UUUCUUCUGACUUUCAUUUUUCAGACCGAAAAACAAAGAGACUCACAUUAUAGUACUUUUUCUGCUCCUGAACUUAUUCUUUGCGCCCGCCCAGGUGCUUGUUGUGACCACUGUGACUCUUCCUCAUACUAUGUCUGUUACUGCUAGCUGCCACUUUUACGUUUUCUAAACAACCCUAACCCCACGACCCCACCAGACGCAAGCGACAAAAUGACCGUGCCGAUCAAUCUGUCCGAAGAGAACAUCGGUCUGCUUUUCGACCACUGCGCGAAGCAGGCCUGUGUGCCGGAGGACAUCCAAGAGUACGCCAAAGAAGUUUCCGUGCAGAUUGCCAUGGGCGCAGAUACUACCUCCCUCGAACAGGAUCUGCUGGAUUCGAUUCUCGAAAUCCUCGAAGAGGCGGGUAUGGAGACUCCGGAAGCGUUUUUGAAAGAAGUCGCAAACCUCUGCAAAACCGCCAUGCAGCAAAACGGCAGAAUAGACGACUUGAUAGCAGGAGGAGGAUCAUCUUCACCUACAGCAGGAGCUGUUAGUCCGACAAAAGACGGAACGACCGCGUCACCUGCGAUGAAAAAGACGACAGCAGAAGUAGCAGAUGAGAUGAAAGGCGAAAAAGCGGAUCCAUUUGUGGACCAGAGCCUCGCGAAGCUGAUGGCAGCAUCAGCAGCUUCGGACAAGCAGCCGACCAAGGACGAGGACAGAACGCCUUCAACCUCCUCUUUCAGUCCGGGAAGCAGAAUACAACAGAGCGACAAGUACGUUUGUCGGGUGCCAAAUCUGAUGCUCCUGUACGGUGGCGGGAAGCUUUUGCUAAAAAGCGCGACCCUCGAUUUGCAGCGGGGCCACAGGUACGGCAUUGUGGGUAAAAACGGAGCGGGUAAAACGACUCUGCUCACCAUGAUUGCAACGGGGAAAAUCGUCGAUUUGCCGUUGGGCAAAUACGACAUUGUUUCCGUGCAGGCCUCCGUCGCGUCCAGCAGUGGCUCGGUAUACGAGUACGCGAUCGAGGCAUUCCACAGAUUCAGGGCCGCGAAAGAAGCACAGAAUACCGAAACAGCGGAAGAGGUACAGACUGAAUGAUGCUUGGAUUUUUAGACGUAAUUCCUUGUCUAUGCGCAUGACCCUGAAAAGACGCGGCCGGCUGUUUUACCGAUUCGAAUAAGUGGUGUUCUCUGAUGAAGUUUUGGAAUACAGUUUUUCCUCACUUGAAAUUGAAUAAAUACAGGUCGUCCGCAGCGCCCUCGAGAUGGUCGGUUUCUGUGACCCCUCCGCAAAAGAUCAGGACAACUCCCCGACCCCGCGCAGCAACCAAUCCCCCACCAGCACGGGAACUGCAAAUAAUAGCAGCGACAUCCGCGAAGACACGAAAAUGCGGCGCUCGUGGGAGGAAAACGUCGCCGAGUUGAGCGGGGGCUGGCGAAUGCGACUGUCUCUCGCGGUGGGCAAAAUCGAGUGCGCGGCCCCGGACAUUCUGCUUCUGGACGAACCGACCAAUCACUUGGACGUGAACGCGGUGAGGUGGCUGGCGGGGUAUUUGACCACCACGCUACCAACAAAAACUGCCGUCCUGAUCGUGUCCCACGACGCGGAGUUUUUGGAAAAGGUCUGCACGGACGUGAUCCACUUCGAAAACCAGAAACUCGACUACUAUUCUGGCGGUUUUACCGAAUUCCGCAAAGCCCUGGGCAUGAGCGACGCCGAGAUGCAAGAUUUGCUCCAGACCAUGGCGCACGCGACCGGCGGGGGUGCGACCGGCACAGACGAUGGCAGUGCGCCCCAGGCCUACCAGCGCCGACCCGAGCUGGACGAAGCCGACCGGAAAGUCGCAGACAGUUUGGCGUUUCUGAACCUCGACGACACCCUCGGCAAGGAGGUCCCGAAGCAGGGAGAAGACUCGAAGUGGGUGGGAUGCGCACCGGCUGGGGGAGUGGACAAACUUUCCUUCCCGAUACCCGGAAAGCUGGACGGCAUCGCCAACGACAAAAAAUCCAUCCUGGAGCUGAAAAACAUCAAGUACUCUGACACGUGAUAGAUGUUGUUUUGACCUGUAGACGAUGUGGAAAACUAGAGUUGCAAUCUUCGUGUAAGUGUAAUUUGCCGCAUUUAGUACUUUACUUUACUAGUACACCAUCACCCACCACUUCAUCAACCACACACGACGCAUCAGUUUUCGCUACUCCGAGACGGCACCCAUGGUUCUAGAGAACGUCAAUUGCCGGCUCACCAUCGCGUCUCGCGUCGCGUUGGAAGGUGCGAACGGUGCGGGGAAAUCCACUUUACUCGGACUCCUUUCCGGUGAGCUUGCUCCCGACUUGGAGCUGAAGGCAAGCGGCGCGGCGGAGCCGAUCAUGUAUAAGCACAGGAACCUGCGCCUUGCUUACAUCGCACAGCACCACACCUUCCACUUGCAGGAGUUUGCAAUCUGUAGUCCUUUGGUGUACAUGCAAAAACGGUUCAAAAACGGCUACGACGAGGAACUGCAGAAGCGGUUGCUGACGCUUUCGCCCGACGAAGAGCAGUAUGUGAUUGAGCAGGCAAAAAAGCAGGGGAAGUACGGCAAGCGCGUCCGAGACAUCGCGGGAAGGCAAAAGCGCGGGAAGGAAUUCUACUACGAGGUAUGAUUUUUGCUUGAUGCGACGAAGCAUUCGAGCGAUGCUGAAGCAGUUAAGCAGUUAUUUGCUACAAGUUUGUGGUAUGACUUUGUCUUUGACUUUCACUUUGUUUUCCCGUGCCAUCAGCAUUUGCACCAUUCAACACCCAACAGAUCCAGUGGCAAGACCUUCCGGACAGCAAGCAAAACACGUUCGAGCCGCAGUCCAAGCUCCGCCAAAUGGGCGUCGAGAACGUGUGUCGGGCGUACGACGAGCGGCAGCAAGCGGUGGCCGCGGGCAAUGACCAGCGGCCGCUGUCCAACCGCGAGAUUCUGAAGCACUUCGAAAACUUCGGGUUUGACGAAGACAUGGUGGAACGCAGGCAGUUGGGGAGCUUCAGUAUGGGGCAGAAAUCUCGGUUGCUACUCGCCGCGUCCAUGUGGGUCAAGCCGCACUGCCUGUUCCUCGACGAACCAACAAACUACAUCGAUCAGGAAACGCUGGACGCCUUGGAGAAGGCGUUGAAGUUUUUCCGCGGGGCGGUUUUGAUCGUCAGUCACAACCACGAUUUUCUGAAACGAGUGUGCACCGAGCACUGGCGGGUCGAAGACAAAAAGGUGGCAACUGCUGGGAUGAAAAAAUAGUAGUAUAGAGCGAUCAUGAAGUAAGAAAGUACACAAAGAAAAGCACGAUAUUUCUCUUCUCGAAAGGCGCCAAUCUGCCGGUAAGAAUUUUCAUAGUGCAGCCAUGUAGUUCUUGCCGUGUAAAUAGAUCUCGAUCUUUCACAUCGAAACACGAUCAGAAACUGUUGACCUUGAC